GGGCAAAAUAUGUCCUGCGUUUGUCUCCUCCAUUUCCUGGGAGCAAAGUGAUCCCACGUCAUAAUAAGGGGAAAAAAGAGAAUUAUUUUUUUUCUUUUUUUUUCUAUAAGCAUUUCCAUGAAUUUGGAGUUUUUGUUUUUUGCCACAAAUUUUCUAUUUAAAAUUGCAUUGAUUUUUGGUUAAGACAACCAAAGAUCGAAUUGAUCCCACCCAACAUUAAGUUGCAGUGAUUUGAUGCCAUCUGAAAGCUUUAAUGAAAAUUCCAUUUUUUUACGAGUUUUUAUAGAGAUUUUGAAGCGAAGUAUUGGGGAAAAGAGAGGGAGAAAUGGCUGGAGCGGAGUUUGGGGAUCGCAGAUUCCUUCUUCGGUCCAAUUCUGCAAAUUCAGAGUCAGAUUUGGAAGCUCAGAAUGGGAGGAAAGUUGGGAUUAGGGAUUUGUUGAAGCAACUUGAUCGACGGCUAUCGGGCAGAAUACUUAGCAGGAAGCAUUUGGAAAGAGAGAAUUCUCAUCGUUGUCCUCCUCAUGAAAAUCCGGAUAUGCUUGGAGAUGGAGCUCCUCCUGAAUGGGCUCUUUUGCUAAUUGGAUGCCUUUUAGGGCUUGCUACUGGUCUCUGUGUGGCCGCCUUUAAUCGUGGGGUGCAUAUAAUACAUGAGUGGGCCUGGGCAGGUACUCCUAAUGAGGGUGCUGCUUGGUUUCGCCAACAGAGACUAGCCGAUACAUGGCAUAGGAUCAUGUUAAUACCAGUGACCGGUGGAGUUGUAGUUGGGAUGAUGCAUGGUUUACUGGAGACCAUUGACCAAAUAAAGCAGUCCCGGCCUUCUCAGAGGCGAAGCUUUGAUUUGCUUGGAGGAGUUGUCCCUACAAUCAAAGCUAUUCAAGCUGCAGUGACUCUAGGUACUGGUUGUUGUCUAGGUCCUGAGGGACCUAGUGUGGAUAUUGGCAAAUCAUGUGCAAAUGGGUGUUCCGAAAUGAUGGAGAACAACAACGAGAGGAGAAUAGCUCUUACUGCAGCUGGUGCAGCUGCAGGAAUUGCUUCUGGGUUCAAUGCUGCUGUGGCUGGUUGUUUCUUUGCCAUAGAGACUGUACUAAGGCCCCUCCGUGCAGAGAAUUCACCUCCCUUUACAACUGCAAUGAUUAUAUUGGCAUCUGUUAUAUCAUCAACUGUGUCAAAUGUUUUGCUUGGAGAAAGGCCAGCUUUUACGGUGCCCACGUAUGAACUGAAAUCUGCUGCUGAACUGCCAUUGUACCUCAUUCUAGGCAUGCUUUGUGGAGUGGUUAGUGUUGCUUUUACCCGACUGGUGACCUGGUUUACAAAGGGGUUUGACAUCAUCAAGGAUCAAUUUGGGAUACCUCCAGUUAUGUGUCCUGCUUUAGGUGGUUUGGGAGCUGGUAUGAUAGCUCUGAGGUACCCUGGAAUACUCUAUUGGGGUUUCACAAAUGUUGAAGAAAUCUUGCGUACUGGGAAGAGUGCUUCGGCACCUGGAAUAUGGUUAUUGGCUCAAUUGGCAGGUGCUAAAGUCGUGGCAACUGCUCUCUGCAAGGGAUCUGGGCUUGUGGGUGGUCUCUAUGCUCCGAGCUUGAUGAUAGGGGCAGCAGUUGGGGCUGUUUUUGGUGGUUCAGCAGCUGAGGUUAUCAAUUCAGCAAUACCAGGAAAUGCAGCUGUUGCUCAGCCACAGGCCUAUGCACUGGUUGGGAUGGCUGCAACAUUGGCAUCAGUAUGUUCUGUUCCCUUGACAUCAGUGUUGCUGCUGUUUGAGCUGACUAAGGAUUAUAGGAUAUUGCUCCCACUCAUGGGAGCUGUUGGGUUAGCGAUAUGGGUACCAUCUGUAGCCAACCAGCCAAAGGAGACCGAGUCUUCUGAAGCACGGGCGCCCCGUCGGGGUUAUGCUUCUGUUUCACCUGUUGAAGACCAAAACCAUAGCGGAAAUGAUGUAGAACUCUCUAUUGUAGAAAAUGGGGCUGACAAUCAAAUGUUAAUUGAAGAGAUACUUUUGGAGGAUCUCAAGGUAUCUCAAGCAAUGUCAAAGAACUUCAUCAGAGUAUUGCCAACAAUUACAGUGAAAGAGGUACUACAGCUAAUGCUAGAUAGCCAACAAAGAUGUGCCCUUGUGGUUGAUGCUGAUGAUCUUCUUGAGGGAAUUAUCACGCAUGGUGACAUCAGACGAUUCAUAUCCCAGAGAUCUGAUGAUGCUCCUAGGGAUGAUUUGACAAUUCUGAAUGUGAGUGCCAGCCCUGUGUCCUCUGCCUGUACUCGGAGGAUACGCUAUCGAGGGAGUGAGCGUGGUCUUCUGGUUUGUUAUCCAGACAUGGAGUUGUUGACUGCAAGGGAACUCAUGGAGGCAAGAGGAAUCAAUCAGCUACCAGUUGUUAGGCGUGGUUCAGAGUUGAGGAAAGAGAGGCGGCGAAGAGUUGUAGCUCUUCUUUCAUAUGAUCUAAUUGGGCAUUGCUUAAGAGAGGAGUUGAUCCGGGGGAACUCUUACCCGCAAAGGAAAGAAGAGGAGCGGGAAAUCACUCCAAAUGAUCAUUGAUCCAAAUAGUAUGUUGCAAUUUGCACUUCUGCUGUAGUGCGUCUGCACAUGAAAACAAGCCAUUUCGAUGAGUCGCUGUCAGCACAAUGAGUUCAAACUCAUUAUCAUUGGCACACUUCACAGCCCUUUUCCUUGUUUUGCCAGAUUAGCGUGCGUCGUGUGCAUUGCUCAAGAUCUAUUGGGAUCCAGCAUGGGUUUGGAGCAUCAGUUACAGUUAUCAAUAUGGAAAUAGUUGCAAUUUUUUUUAGGCCCAUCUGUAACAGCAUUGUUCGGUGUAGAGAUACUUACUGUUUUUUUUUUUUUUUCUAUAUUCAGGCCAAGUAGGCAUACAUAUGAAAGGAAGUUUUACUGGUCAUGCAAAUAGAUAUGUGCCUUUGUAUUUUAUUGGGUCAAUUUAGCAUUUGUACAUUUUAAGUCUUUUUGUUUUACUCCAGCCUGUGAUACUUGGUUUCCACUUUCUACUCUUCUUCGAGUGCUCGCUCUUAUUUUCUUUCAGGUUUUCAUUCUUCGGGUUCUGAGCUGCCAGUUAGAGAGUUGCAAGUGUAUGUAUUUUCGGAGGAUAUAUACAAACAUGAAAUGUAAGUAUUGAUGUAUUAUCAAAUCGUAGUUGUUGGUUUGGAUCUUUCA